AUGUAUCAGCGACCACAAAAUGAUUACUUGAGAGUGAAUAAGCGGAAGAGUAACUACGACCAACUAAACGCUGACUCUAACUCCGUACCUCAGCUGGCGCAAACACAACCGCGAGUGCAAGUCUACAUCAUAGACAAGAACGACUUCAAAAGCCUUGUUCAACAACUAACGAGUCCUCAACCAUGUGACCGUUUACCUCAAAACAUUCCAAAGCAUCAAGAUAUUAGACCAGAGCCGAUAAAUUGGACCUCUUCGAUUCCUCCCAGUGCCAUGGCGGUUCAAGAGGAUCCUGAUGUCUCAUUGUAUAUGGCUUAUCUUCAAAGCUUACUCGAAGAAUCAUCAGGAUCUAAUGGAGACCAAUUCGAAGAACCUUUUGAUAAGUAUCAUUCUCAUAUGAUGGCUCAAUCGCAACCUCAAGAUCCUACACAAUCAAUGCCACAGUCCAAUGGUUUUGAACCUUUUCCCUCUUCCUGGUUCAAUGGCUCGACCCAAGAAAUGCAUGGUGCUUCCUCAUUGCAAUCAACACGAGUUGAUUAUGAAUAUCCUCUACCACUGACUCCAAACUUCACAUUUUCGUCUAUGACUCAACAUGAAGUUUUUGGUUCGGAUCUAGAUAGUAUUGGUCCUGAUGAGGAUUUAGAAUUCUCAUACGAAAUAAAUUGA